AACUGUAGCGUUCCAGUUAGCUUAGCAGUUGUUCGACUGUUACCAGAGACGUCUCCUAGCAACCCAACUGAUUAACAGUGCUGCAGCGCUUAACAUUUGUGCUACAGUGUCUCCAGCAAGUCAGUCCACUGUCGGUCAUCUUUGGAACGCUUUUGGGAGGAUAUUUCCAGGCAUGCCAGUGCAGUUCCUAUCUACUUGAAUGGGGGAGCAACGAAAUCUCAAAAACGGAGAAGAGGUGAACAAGACUUCUCCCAUCUCCAUCUGCUUUUCACCAAAUGCACAGCUCAAACAAAGGUUCAGCACACAUUAUUUAGAGAAAUAUGUGUUCCCUGUGCUAAUGCCUGGACUGGAGGCUAUGUUGAUACAAGCUCACAAGCACCAUUGCAUGGAGAUGAAAAAGAAUGCAUUUAAUGCCUGUGACUUCCUGACAGAAUGGCUAUACAAUAAAAACCCUCAACGGACAGAAAAAAUACCUCUGAAUAAGAUUCCUUUUGUCCAAGACUGGCUUCUUACACAUUCCAGGCAACACAUUCCACUUUCUCUGCUCCUCACAUACAAGCAAGCUGCAAUUCUCAUCCAGGCCUUCUGGAGGGGCUAUAAGGUGCGUGUGCGUCCAGAUGUGCAGGAGUUGAGACAGUGGCAGAGAGAACUAAGAGAGGAGAAUGGCGACAUCAACAAAACAGUGAAAGAGUUUUGGGCACGUCAAGAGAACCAAGUUUGGUCAGAGUUGGUUGAGCUUGUUGAUGAAGCAGAGCUGCAUGCGCAGGCAGGAGUGUCCAUCAAAGUUGUUCCCCCCUCACCUCAGAACAGAGUGCAGUCUACACCUGCUCCACAGAGCAUGCUAGAGAGAAAAGGACUGCUCAUGCCAAACCUCCUAGAACCUGAGCUCAAGCUCAACACCACAUCCCAUUUAACCACAUCUACUGUAGACCACACUGAGUGAGGGUGAAAAUUCACUGCUAUGGGUCUGUUUGUUAAUCUUAAUUAAUGCUACAUUAGACCCCCCCUCCAUCAUUUACUAAGACUAGCCUAUCUUCACCCCAUAUCUCAGGUUUUUCUAUAUAUUAUAUUGUUUUUAAAUGUUUAAAAUAGACAAAUGUCCUCUCGUGUGUUAAAAACAGGGUUGUAACCAAAAUAUACAUUGAGGGGUUGUCCCACCCAAUAAUUUAUAUCAUUGUUUCUUUUCUGCUGCAGUCCAUUAUGCACCACUGUCUAAUUGUCAUUAAGUUGUUGCAGGGAUUACAUAAUGGUUUAAAAAAAGUUUAAUUUGUAGUGUGCUCAGUGGUCCAACACUGCUCAUCAAUGUCAUUAGAGAGAGACAAUUACACAUAUUAUGUGCAUAUUAUGAAUUAAUGUGGUUAUCUGCUUAGCUUUAAAUGUUGCCUUUUAGAACAUUCACUUGAAAUUGCCUUAGAAAAUGAGCCAUGAAACUCAAAGCAGAGCGUUGUCAACCUUAGAUUUGAACUAGAAUAUGGUAAGACUUGUGACUCCCAUUGUGUUUUUAUG